AUGAACCACAGUCAAGGCCUCCUCGAUCUUUCUCAUGUCGUCGUGGGUUGGUCAACUACAAGACAGGGGAUCCCGACAGUCAGGACAAAGGAAGCGACUAUUUGGGGAAUCGGCUUCUACCAUGCAUCCCUGUGCCUGCGUCUGUCAGAUGGCACAGCCAUUGACGCAGCGCUGAAAGAGGGAAAGAGCCGAAGGACCUUGUUGACCUUGGUGUUGCCACUCUCGACGGGAUCUCGGGUUCAGCAGACGGGUGCUGCCCCGGGCGACUGGCCAAGUGGAAUGCAUAACGGCUUCACCUCUGGGCCUCUGAGCCCCUGGGCAGCCAACUCGGCAGCGAACAUUCCUCACACCACGUUGUCGUUUCCGCAGAGUCUUGAUCCCCCGCCGUUGCUGUGCUUCCAUUUUUGUGUCCUGUCGCCCUGGCAGGUUGCCCUGGGAAAUCCAGGGGUCAUCGACAUGAAAUUCCUGCUUAAAUCCGUCGCUGAAAACGUCCUUGGUCUGCUUCAUCUUCAUCAUCACCAUCACAUCUUACCUCUCCAUUCCACUUCUUCCACCGCUUCUAGCUUCCCUCGCGUUUUCUGUUUAUCUACUCGGAUCUCCGGUCCCGUCUUCGUCGGUUUGCGUCAAGGCAUGACGGCGGCUGUCUCACACCCGGGACAGCCUCCCUCUGGAGAUAGCCCCCCCGAUUCUCGCCUUAACGACCUCGACUUGGACGACAUGGCACUGACUGCGAUGCAUAUGCAACGCGGCGCUGAUUCACCAGACGUGAGGAAGGAGGGAGUCGCCCUCAUGGGGGACACCGCAGCUUGGGGGGGUAGUGGAAUCGCAGGAUCGGCACCAGCGAGCACCAUACCCGGUACCUCGGGAGAACUGGACAUGUCCCUGGACGAAUUCCUAGACUUCAAUAGCUUUCCCUAUCAUCACGGGGGUGACGAGCUGGGGGGUGUGCCGGAUUCUCUCUUCUUCGACAUGGGCUCUGCCGAUGGGUACACCUCGACGACGACGACGGUGGACCUCCAGCGCAAGGGGCACCAGUUCCAGGACAACUACCAUGAUUACGACAGCCACCGAGAGUUGCGGCACCUCAUCAUGGCUCGUACAGAUCAGACAGAUCAUACAGACCAUACAGACCAUACAGAUACGGCGGCGGCGGCUAGUGAGGGUAGUAAUCGCGGUGGUGGCGUGAUGAGCUGCUGGGGUCGUCCCGCCAAUCCCGGUAGCCACAAUGACAAGACAGCCGUUGGUGCUGCUGGUGCUGGUGCUGAUGCCCGCCGCCCCCCUUCCAGGCCCUGCUAUCCCCGUAAUGGCCUAGCCAGAAGAGCCCGGUCCCAAUUCCAGGCCGAAGAUCGACCCUUCGCCUCGGCCGUGGCUAGCGAGGAGGAGAGGGAGGGGGAGAGGGUAGGGAAAGGGGAACAAAGAAACCGCCACAACACCUCGACCUAUCCUGGACCCGCUCUGAGCAUUGGGGGGUCUGGAGGGUCUGGAGGGUCUGGAGGGUCCGGAGAGUCUGACUCGAUUUCCGACUCUGAGCUUUUGCGCCUGGAGGGCAUCUCGUUGAAAACGUCACCCUCGCGCGUUCCGCCCCUGGGGCAUGUCUCACAUUCGCAUCCUCCCAGACCCCGCCUCCACCCGGGUUUCCUCUCAGGCCCAGCACCCCCAUGCCCAAGCUCAGGCUUGGACUUGAACUUGGACUUGGACUUAGCUCUAGGUCCAGGUCCAGGUCCGGCUCUGGGUACUUCAGAUCUUGCCAAAGGCCAAGGUCAAGAAGAGCAAGAGGGCGUCCGAGUCCAGUCCCCGUCCCCGUCCCCGUCCCGACGUCAACCUCGUCAACCCCCAGGCCAAACUACGGUCAAACAGAACCCACCGAGCUCCAGUCGCAACUUUUUCAAGACCGUUGCGUCUAAGAUCCAAAAGGCUGCCGCUCUCCGGUCCAAGCCUUCAACGUCGUCCUCCUCCACCUCUUCCUCUUCCUCUUCCUUAUCCUCAUCGUCAUCUUCAUCUAUCCCCUCCCACACCCACCUCAUCAAGCAGUGCAGCGGACCUGCCCCCGUUCACACCACCGCCAUCAACAAGAACAAGAACAACAACAAGAAGAAGAAGAACACCAUGACUUCUGUUGCCGCCCAUCCACCCAUCUCCCCGGCUGUGUCUCCUCGACAGGGCUUUCAGCCCUUCCCCAAGCAGGACGAGCAACAGAUGCAGCAAGUUGGCAUGGGCGACUCUCGCCUUCCCAUCUCACCUCCUAACAGCGCUACCAUCCCCCAGGGUGUCUCCUCUCACACAAACCCCUUCUGUACCGGCUUUGUAGAAGACCCGUUCGGCUUUGGGCCGACUACUACUGCUGCUGCUACUACUACUACUACUACUACUACUACUAAUACGGCCACUCCCAUGGAUACUCCCCUCCUAGGCGGCGACAGAACCGCUCAGUGUUUCCAACAACCGACCGGUCCACAUCCUCAUGGCGUCGCUCAGACAAGUAAAGCCGCCUGGCCCUUACCCACGGCGUCGUCGUCGCCCCCAGGCGACAGGCAGGCCACCGAAUGGUCCAAUUCGUUUAUUCCACCGGACGGCUUUGACGGAACUCAGUGGUGGACAGGAUCUCUUGUCGACCUUAGUGCGGGCGCGCAAUCUCACCCUCACUUCCAAACCCCCAACACACGUGCUGCCAGCUUCGGUCUAGCCCUUCCCCCGCAUCAGCAGCAACAUCAACAGCAAGCACAUCAUCAGGGGCACCAGCAGCACCAGCACCAGCACCAGCACCAGCAGCACUCGAUGGGAGGCCAGGAGAUGGAGAUGGAGAUGGCUUACGAGUACCACGACACCCCGCACAUGCCCACCACCCCUGCCGGCAACCACAUGCCUGGCCUCAUGGUUCAGAUCCCCCCCCAGAGUGCCAGUAGCCGCGGCUCCUUAUCCCCUACCACGCAAGUCGGCGCCUCUUCCUACACACACAUGCCUGCCCAGCAGCAUCACCAGCAGCAUCACCAGCAGCAUCACCAGCAGCAGCAGCCGCAACAGCACCACUACCAUCAUCCCGGCGCCCCAACAGAACGUCGUCCACGGAUGCCUCGCGCCCCGUCGGCCGGUGCCCGCCACAUCUCCACGCCCCUACGACGCACCCGAGCCCCCUCCGCCAACCGCGCCCGCGACUCCUCCUCCGCCAGCCCAACCCCGACCGCCCGGUCCCGCCGCUCGUCCGGCUCCUCCAUCAGUGUCGCUGCCGCCGCUGCCGCUACCGCCGCCGCCGCCGGUCCCGUCCUGUCGGCGAGCGUCAAGAAGCGGCGCUCAUGGCAAGGUCGCGGCGCCUCGGGUCACCACGCCCGCACGCCCAGUGGGGGGAGCACGAGCGGGCCGGGUCCCGGUAUAGGGCUGGGCAUCGGGAUGGAUGAGUCGGGCGGCGAUGUAGGGUUCGUCAACUAUACGCCCAACGACAAGACCAUUCUCAUGACUGGCGUGGCGCCGUCGGGGAGCAGUAAGACGAAGGCCCGGAGGGAGAGGGAGGCUAUGGAGAAGAGGAGGCGGUUGAGCGAGGCUGCUCUCAAGGCGGUUAGGGAUGCGGAACAGAGCUUCAUCCUCCUCCUGCUGAAGAUCUACGUGGGCUUUAUGUUCCAUGUUCCAAGUUUCUAACAUUCUAUUGUACUACCAUGUUGUUUCUUGGUCUCUUGUUCCUUUUAUCCUGCCACUUGAAGGCUCGGACGAGUCGAAUCUCCUUACAGAAUCCAGCGCGAGCUACUCUUGUAAUUUACUACGCCAUGCUUUUGCUCUCUUCCUCCAACCCCCUUUUUUUUUCUCUUUUCUCUUUUUUCUUUUCCCCCUUUUCCAUCCUUCUUGACGGUCCUCGCGACCCUUGCAGCCAACAGCUUCUCAUAUGAAACUGGCUGUUUUAUACAGGUAUAAGGCACAAGGGGUGUUGCUUUUACUAUGAGCUUCUACUUUCGAGUCUCAGGGCAUUUGAGAUAGUUUAGACGUAGAGAAUUCACAAGAGCCCCUUAAUCAUCAAUGGU